UGGGUAGACAAAUGAUUUUUUUCAGAUUAAAAUGAACAAAGCAUUAUUAGAGCCCUGUAGACAUGACAAAACACGACUAUAGUCACAUUUAUACUCUUUUUAUUUACAACAUAUUGCGCAACUGCAGGGUCUUGAGACACAUGCUAACUCGCAAACUAGAGAGCUAGCGACCUAAACGGUAGCCUUCAAGUUAUUUCCUUUCAACUUAAAUAGCCAAAAACUUACCACUUCCACACGGAUAGGGAGGAUAACUAUUAACAGUUAUUUAACCUUUAACAUGAACAUUAAUCAAACGUAAUAUUUUUUUUCUGGGUACAUGAUACCAUACAGCAUCCAUAUCAAACAUUAAACUUUCAUAUCAAGGCGGGGGGCCUCAAAGUAGUGUCCUGCGCGCGGGCCGUGUGUUUGAGACCUCUGAUUUACAACAUAUUGCGCAACUGCAGGGUCUUGAGACACAUGCUAACUCGCAAACUAGACGGCAGCCUUCAAGUUAUUUCCUUUAAACUUAAAUAGCCAAAAACUUACCACUUCCACACGGAUAGGGAGGAUAACUAUUAACAGUUAUUUAACCUUUAACAUGAACAUUAAUCAAACGUAAUAUUUUUUUCUGGGUACAUGAUACCAUACAGCAUCCAUAUCAAACAUUAAACUUUCAUAUCAAGGCGGGGGGCCUCAAACUAGUGUCCUGCGGGCCACAUUUGGCCCGCGGGCCGCGUGUUUGAGACCCCUGAUUUACAACAUAUUGUGCCACUGCAGGGUCUUGAGACACAUGCUAACUCGCAAACUAGAGAGCUAGCGACCUAAACGGUAGCCUUCAAAUUAUUUCCUUUCAACUUAAAUAGCCAAAAACUUACCACUUCCACACGGAUAGGGAGGAUAACUAUUAACAGUUAUUUAACCUUUAACAUGAACAUUAAUCAAACGUAAUAAUUUUUUUCUGGGUACAUGAUACCGCACUAACAUUAAACUUUCAUAUCAAGGCGGGGGGCCUCAAACUAGUGUCCUGCGGGCCACGUGUUUGAGACCCCUGUUCUAAGCACAUCAAAGCCUGAAAUUGCAGCUUGUGUGCUAUCUAUAUUUAAUAGCUAUGCAAUAAUAGUGGCAGCUGUCCACCUCUUGCCUUGAGGCACAGUGUUUCCCGAGCAACUACACUGUUUGCUCUGCACACCUUCACACACACACACACACACACACACACACACACACACACACACACAAUACGAAACUACUGACCUGGAGGCUUAAUUAAAGACAAUAACACAGACAGGUGGACGUCAUCACAAACAUACACAAAUACUUCCCGGCAGUGUUUUUAAACCUGAAGUAUCCCUUUAGUGAUUGACACAUGGGGGCUAAGAAUCGAAUAAAGUUCUAUCAGCCCGGCUAACCUUGUUCUCUCCUGUCAUGGGAGGAGGAACACUGCAGACAUAUUUGGUGCCUUGCGGCAUUACGAUGUCAAAGCACGUUCAAUUUUUCAUCAUUUUGCUGUUAAAAAAUUGUAUUUGCCGAAUCUUUUGUCUCUUUAAUAAAUGUGCAUUAGGAGUAAUGGGAAUUGAUGGAGCUCAUAUCUGAGACAUUUUAUGCAAACGUCAUAUUAGGAGAGGCAAUCGCUCAAACUGUUUUAUGUUUAAUACGUGUGUGGAUAUGAAACGAGGUAAAAAAAAAAAAAAUGGCAACACAAGCAAUGUGCUUGGUUAUGAGUUAACCUUUAUAUGUGGGCGGGGCUGAGCGCAGUGCACACACAGAGAGAAGGUCUUACCAGGUUACAUUGAUCCAGCAGCACCACACUGCUUCACGUGUUCCUCCUGUGUGUCCUCCGCCAAAACAUGGAUCAGAUAUCUCUACAAAGAACAGAGACCACUUAACCCUGCGACAAGACUGCUAUCAUCAUGAUGCUGGACUAUCCACCCGGCCCCAGUAUCCUGUGGUUCUUCUUGUACAUGUUUGCAAUUAAUUUCCAUCAAGUGUGUUCUUCUACUGGGGACGGCAGACAAAUGUGGCGGAACCCCAAACCGGUUCCUGUCACUCUAGAACAGUCUUUUCUUCAUGGUAGUUUUCCUUCGGGGUUCCUUUGGGGGUCUGGGACAUCCGCUUUCCAAACUGAAGGAUCCUGGAACCAAGGUGGAAAAGGACCAUCCAUAUGGGAUAAUUUCACCCAUUCAGGGUCUGCGGAUGUGGCAAGUGACAGCUACGCUCGAUGGGAAGAAGAUGUGCAGGAUCUGGAGUAUCUUGGAGUGAAAUCGUACUCUUUCUCGCUCUCCUGGCCUAGACUGUUCCCCAACGGGAACGCACAAAGUCGUCCAAACGGGGUUGCCGUGGAGCACUAUAACCGUCUCAUAAACAAGCUUAUGGAAAAACAAAUGGAGCCCGUUGUUACCAUCCAUCAUUGGGAUCUACCACUGGUCCUGCAGAAGGUGCAUGGAGGGUGGAAAAAUGAAAGUCUUAUUAGAUUAUUUGAGGACUAUGCCGCUUUUUGUUUCCGUACAUUCGGGGACCGUGUUAAGUACUGGCUUACAAUGCAUAACCCGUACCUGGUUGCUGUUCAGGGGUAUGGCACCGGGGUGCACGCUCCUGGAGAAACGGGGGGUCUUACCGCCUCUCUUGUUGUGGCCCACAAUCUCAUCAGGGCCCAUGCCAAAGCCUGGCACACCUACAACACCCAAUUCCGCCCAUCUCAGAAGGGUAAAGUAUCCAUCGUUUUGGGUUCUCACUGGGUCCAGCCCCAAAAAGCCACAACUGCCAACAUUGACCUUUGUCAACAAUCGCUGGAGGCCGUGCUCGGUUGGUUCGCCAAUCCCAUUUUCAACGAGGGAGACUACCCGGGCUCUCUAAGAAUCAAGCAUGGCGCCAUCCUGCCCACGUUCUCCGCACAGGAGAAGCUGUGGGUGCAGAACACAGCUGACUUCUUUGCUCUGUCCUUUGGACCAAACAACCUCCGCCUGGGCAGAGACCUGCCCCACUACGGCCAGGCUGUGACCCCAGAUAUGAGGAGCCUCCUGGGCUGGAUAAAGCUGGAGUACGGGGACCCGCAAGUUUUGGUGGCUGAGGGUGGAUGGUUCUCCGAAGCCAGGGUAGGACGAGAGGACACAGUGGCCAUUUACUUGAUGAAGAGGUUUAUCAACCAGGCAUUACAAGCUGUCAGGCUGGAUGGGGUGCGGUUGCUAGGCUACACCGCGUGGUCGCUAGUCGACGGCUUUGAAUGGAAUUACGGCUACACGGUCCGACGGGGCCUCUUCUACGUGGACUUCAAUCAGCCUAACAGAAGCAGGACGCCCAAAACCACAGCUCAGUACUACCGGCGCGUCGUUGCUGACAACGGUUUCCCCAGAGUGGACACUUCUCCAGAGGUCAAAGGUCAUUUCCCGUGUGAUUUUCACUGGGGAAUUGCUGACUCCACCUUACAGGCCCGCUUCUACCCCUUCUCCCCCCAGUUCACGGAUCCCCAUGUGUACAGCUGGAACUGGACAGGAGACGGAUCAUUGAGACCGGUCCCAGGAGAGACGCUUCUUACGAAUCGUUCCCAGUGCACCGACUACCUCGCCAUUCGUAGUCACCUUCGCCUGUUUGCAUCGACAGGAGCUUCGCAUUACCGCUUUGCUCUCAACUGGUCUCUGAUUUUACCGCACGGCGAUCUCUCUCAUGUGAAUGCGGAGGCGCUGAGGUACUACCGCUGUGUCCUCACUGAGCUCAAGAAACUGGACCUGGAAGCUCUCAUUAUCCUCUACUACCCAACACACAAAGCUCCAAAUCUGGGCUUGCCCGGUCCGCUUCACGCCUCCGGGGGCUGGCUCAACCGCAGCACCGUGGAAGCCUUUCAGGAAUAUGCGGCUCUAUGCUACCGUGAGCUGGGCUCCUGGGUGCGAUACUGGAUCACAGUCAAUGAGCCCAACAGGCUGACAGAUAUUUACUCCGAUGGGAACGAGCAACACCGGGCUGCCCAUCAUCUCCUUUUGGCUCAUGCAAAAGCCUGGAGGCUCCACGAGAGGAUGUUCUCACAUCGUGACGGGGGUAUGGUGUCACUGGCGCUUCACGCCGACUGGGCUGAACCUGCAAACCCUUUCUUGUCAUCGCAUACAGCAGCAGUAGAGAGAUUCCUUCUUUUUGAACUUGGUCGCUUCCUAGACCCCCUGCUGAGGACUCCGUAUGAAGACAAGCAUGACAAAGGGGACUACCGGCAUGAAAUGAAGGCUUACUUAAACGAAAAAGCUCGAGUAAUGCACCAGCAGAGAUCACCGCUUCCUACUUUUACCAAAACUGAGAAGGCGGAGCUUAAAGGGGCGUUGAGUUUCAUCGCAUUGAAUCAUUUUACCACCCGUUUGGUCUCUCCCGGUCCUCGUAAUUUACACCAAAAACACCCGGGAAAUAACGACUGCCUUACUCUAUCUGAUCCCACCUGGCCCUCCUCCAGUCUGGGCCAAGCUCUCGUCCCCUGGGGCCUACGAAAGGUCCUGAACUGGGUCACUGAAAGAUACGGACGGACUCAGCCGAUUAUCAUCACUGCGAGUGGGAUUGAUGACCAGGCUCCUGUGGAGGAUAAGAUGAGGCAACACUACCUGAGAAGCUACUUACAGGAAGCUCUUAAAGCACGCCGCUUGGAUCGCAUCAACCUGCAGGGAUUCUACGUGUGGAAGCUGCAGGACGGUCAUGUUCCACAGUACGGUCUUUUCACCUCAACUCACCGCCAAUCCACAGCGAAGGUCUCCAUUGACGUCUACAGACAAAUCAUCUCUCACAGCGGCUUCCCCGUAGACGCCACCUCUCACCCCUGUCGGACCACGGAGGUGCAGCCAGUGUGCUCCUUAUGUGUGUGGAUGUCCAAGAACAAGGCUCUCACUGUGUUUGGCUGCUGCUUCCUGCUUGUAGCGGUCAUCUUUGUAGCACUGGUCUUCUCAGUCAUCACCACGAAGAGAACAUACGUAAAGGGUCAGAGGGGCAGCGUGAGCAUAAGAAGUAGAAGAAGAGGGGGGCAUCUUCCAGUGUGCUCACGAAGGCCACUUAUUUAAAAUGUAAACACAGGACAACAGUAAUUGUCUUUGAAGAACAGGUUAUGUAUGUGUCUGAAUGUAACAAUGUCGCCCCCUGGCGGCAAUAGUACAAACAGCUCUGACUUUACAUGGAAAUUAAUAGAAAUAUAAUGCAAUUACUAAUUCAAAAAUCCUUUGUUAGUCUAUUCAACAUUCAUUCAUUGUUGUUGCUAAGUGGGUUAGAUUUAAUUAAAUUGAAUUAUUAGUGUUUUAAAUAUUUACAUUAUAUUUUAUAAGCCAUUAUAAAUGAAUUACUUAAUGAUAAAGUACCAUUCACAAAUGUAAUAAUAAUAAUUAUCACUAAAUGAGAAGUGUAUUGCUAAAUUUGUCCAAGUAUUAAUACAUAUACUGUACAUAUUGUAAAUAUAUUCCCAUGUUCAUAAAUAAUUGUGUUGAUUGGAUUCAUAUAGUAGUGCU